AUGCGUGUCCUGUGCCCAUGGCUCCUCCUGAUUCUAGAAUACUUGGCUUUGGCUGCUGUUAAAUGGAUAAUUGAACAUCCCAAUACUCUCUACGCCUGGGAGGGAGCCUGCAUCUGGAUUCCUUGCAAGUAUAAAAUCCUACCUAACAAUGAGCGCCUGAAAAAUGUCGUCCUGUAUCAGAAUUAUUGGUAUGACAAUGUCACCAAAGACUUCAUGGGGAUUACCCUUUAUGAGAACACAGAGUUCCAGGCUCAGUACGGAAGGGUAGCAUUCCUGGGAGAUUCAAAAGACAAUUGUACCCUGAAAAUUCACCCGAUACGUGUCAAUGACAGCGGUCUGGUGGGACUGAGGAUGAAAACGGACAAAGAAAAAUGGAUGGAGGAAAUUCACCUCAAUGUCUCUGAGUCGCCCUUCCCACCUUACAUCCGACUCCCACCAGAAAUCAAGGAAUCCCAGACAGUUACUCUGACCUGUGGGCUGAAUUUCACAUGCUUUGGGUACCACAUCCAAUUGCAGUGGUCCUUGAAAGGGCCCACAGUCACCUCCACCUCCCCUUUCCUCACUAGCGUCUAUACUGAGAGCAAGCUCACCUUCCAACCACAGUGGACGGACCAUGGGAAGAAUGUGACAUGCCAGGUCAGGAACUCUACCCAAGUACUCUCUGAGAACACAGUGCGGCUGGAUGUUAAGCACACCCCGAAGUUGACAAUCGAGGUCUAUCCCAAAGAGACUGCUGUCAUGGAGAUGGACUCUGUGACCAUGACAUGCCAGGUCACCAGCAGCAAUCCAGAAUAUAAGACUGUGUCCUGGUUCAAGGAUGGGAACAUCUUGAACGGACAGACGAUGCUCACGUUAACUCUGCCCGAAGUGACAAAGGCCAUGAGCGGGAGGUACCACUGCCAGGCUUCCAACGAAGAGGGCCAAGGGAAGUCGGAAGAAGUGACCCUCACGGUGCUGUUUCCUCCGGAACCUUCCAAGGUUCAGAUCCCCCACUCUCCUGCUGAAGAAGGAAAAUCAAUAGAGCUGAUUUGCAUCUCACUGGCCAGUCCAAAAGCAACAAACUACACCUGGUAUCAUAAUGGGAAAGAGAUGCCCGGAAGCACACAAGAGAAGUUACAUAUCCCCAAAGUCUUCCUGUGGCAUGCUGGGAAUUACUCCUGCUUGGCCGAAAACUCUCUGGGAUCUGGACAGAUUGGCGAGGAAGUGGAGCUAGAUGUCCAAUAUGCCCCCAUGAACGUAACCACGGUGAUUCAAAACUCCACACCAAUCCGGGAAGGGGACAGUGUGACCCUGUUGUGUAGUUAUACCUCCAGCAAUCCAGCAGUUACUCGCUAUGAGUGGAGCGUCUCGGGCUCCAGAAACGAGCCCACACCUGGAAGGGUGCUGAAGAUUCAGAAAGUUGCCUGGAAUGCCAUACCCAUUAGGUGUGCAGCCUGUAAUCGCUGGUGUUCGUGGGCUACCCCUGUCAACCUGAACGUCCACUAUGCUCCCAGAGAUGUGAAUGUCCUGACGAUCAGCCAUCAGUCAGAGAUCCAUGCCGGGCAACAUGUCCUCCUGCAAUGUAACUUCUCAGCAAGCCACCCCAAAGAAGUUCACUUCUUCUGGAAGAAAAAUGGAAGUUUCAUGCAGGAAGGGAGAGACCUCAAUUUCAAUUCCAUCUCCCCAGAAGAUGCUGGAAAUUACAACUGUGUGGUCAACAACUCCAUCGGACAGACCUCGUCGCAGGACUCAAGGCUCCAAGUGCUGUAUCCUCCUCGGAGGCUGCGUGUGUCCAUUAGUCCAGGGGACAGAGUGAUGGAGGGGAAGAAGGCAACCUUAACCUGUGAGAGCGAGGCUAACCCGCCUGUCUUGCAGUACACCUGGUUUGACCAGAAUGACCAAGACCUCUACUACCCUGGCCAGAAGCUGAAACUGGAGCCCCUAAAGAUUCAACACUCAGGCUCCUACCGCUGCCAGGGGACCAACAAGCUGGGCACGGGCAUGUCGCCACCCAGCACCCUCACUGUCUACUACAGCCCGGAGACCAUUGGCAAGCGUGUUGCCCUGGGACUAGGGUUCUUCCUGGCCAUCUUCAUCCUGACCACUUGGGGGGUGAAACUCCAGAGAAAAUGGAAGAGGACUCAGAGCCAGCAGGGGCUUCAGGAAAAUUCCAGUGCUCAGAGCUUCUUUGUGAGGAAUAAAAAGGCUAGAAGGACCCCUCUCUCGGAACGCCCCCAGUCCCUGGGAUGCUACAAUCCAGUGAUGGAUGACAGCGUUAACUACUCUAUCUUGCGCUUUCCAGAGACUGACACACCCACCGCUGGAGAUGCAAGGACCUCAGCCACCCAGGGACCCCUUCCAAACAAUGACACGGUUACUUAUUCAGUGCUGCAGAAGCGUCAAAUGGGUGACUACGAGAAUGUGACUCCAAACAGCCCAGAGGAUGAGGGCAUCCAUUACUCGGAGCUGGUUCGGUUUGGGGCUGGGGAGCGGCCUCAGGUGAAGGAAAAUGUAGAAUACGUGACCCUCAAGCAGUGACCUUGGAAGCAGCCGCGGUGGAAGGUUCUGGAAGCUGAAGGAAGACACACAACUUCUCUGGCUACUGCUACUCCUCAGCUGCUAAGUUACAGACAGCUUCCUAGACACACAUGUUUGUGCAUACACACAUGCAACAUGCGUGUGCACACACACAAUCACUUAAAAAACCUCAUGGCUGGCCCAGAGUCAGCCAGCCUUCUGUGCACUGGAAACUGUCACCCUACACCAUAUGAUGUCCCCUGUCCCAACUGCAGCCAUCUGUCGCCAUCCACCUCUUGUCUUACUUCAGUUAGAUGUGUCCCUGCUGGGACUGGCUGAGAUUGGCAAGGAUUAUCACUAUUUUUUUCACUUCUGUGCCCCUUUAUCGUCCCACCCCCACUCACUAAUCUUAUACCCAAUUUCUGACCCUGGGGGGAAAUUCCUAGGAAGGGCAGAAAUGAGGUAGAAAGAAACAGU